UUAAAUAUGAAAACUCUAAGUUAGAAUGAGAAAAGAUCAAUAAAGAAGAUAUAUAGUCUUGCAAUGAAAAUGAUGGGACUUUUAUUAAUAGCAUUCUUUCUGGUUUUAUAUUAUUUUAUAAUUUAUUCAUUUAUCCGUGACACAAUGCUAUUAUAUUAUUUGGUUUACAAUAAUAAAUUGCUUAUUAGUAUAUUGAUGUUAAUAGGAUUGAUUGAAGGUAUAGAAUGAAUAUAUAAUAGCAUUCAAUGUGAUUUUUAAUUAUGGGUUAGUGAUAAUAGUGUCACCAGGAUUGACAUCUGAUAUAUUUAUAAAAACAGAUGAUAAAAUAGGGAGUCCAUACAUAUAUGAUCCAAUUAAAUGCAAGUUUAAUAAAACAUAGUUGAAUAUAAAGUUAGAUUAGAGUACAUUAAAAUAUUGUGAUAAAUGUUGUUUACCAAAACCUCAGAGAACACAUCAUUGUAGUAUAUGUAAUAAAUGUGUACUAAAAAUGGAUCAUCAUUGUCCUUGGGUUGGAUAAUGUGUAGGACAUUAAAAUCAUCGAUUCUUUAUUUUGUUUUUAACUCAUAUAGCAAUAGGUACAUUGUACAUUUCGAUAUUGAAUUUAAAUAUAAUGAUGAAGUAUUGAUUUUAGAUGGAAUUAGCAACAAAUUUGAUUAGUACAAAAAUUUAGAAUCAAAAGUUUUUACAGUAGUUUGGCCCUUAAACAUAUCGUUGUUUUUAAUGUUAUCAGGAUUUUCAGGUUGGAAUUGGUAUUUGGCAAUGAAAGGAAUGACCACAUUAGAAUUUUGGGAUAAGAAUCCUAAUUUUAAAAAGAGUAAGAGAAUACUUAAUUUAUAAUAAAUAUUUGGAGAUGUAAGAAAUUGGAUAUAGAUAUUAUCACCAAGUGUAAGAGAUUUACCAUCAAAUGGAGUGAUUUGGUAUGAUACUUAAGUAGAAAAUUAAAACAUAUUAAAUGAAGAAUAGGAGGAAGACGAGGAAGAAAUAAUUGGUUGA